CCCCUCGAAAGUGAUACGCGUAGCAGCACCAGAAGUAGCUCAUGGAUAGCGCUGUGUACUGGCUUGGCGUAGUCGCCCGGAUUCUGCUCUUCCUUGUACUCAUACGGGUGUUCGUGUGGGGUGUAGUGUGGCUGGUGGACAAGGUAUGGGGGGUGAGGAUGGGGAUUGGCGGCUGGAGACUCAUGGGUUUUGACUCCCUCUCUCUGCGCAGCCACACCUGUGAACUGGAGAUUCUGAGGUUGUUUGUCACCAUCAAAUGGUUCGACUCCAGCUGCAGGCGUUUUUUCAAAGUGAACAUCAACAGGCUCCAUUUGGAAUGUCUUCUCCUUCCUCCUCCUCCUCCUCCUGGUGCCAGUGCUAGGAGGACCUCAGUCAAACAAAUGACAUCAUCACCUCACAAAAGGCGCUCUCUGAGACAAAGAUUGCUCUUCCGGAUUCUUCGAUUCAUGGCCAAACAUGUGGAGUUGUGUGUGUCAAAGUUGGAGGUCUCGGUACAGGACGUGGUGGACAAGGAGGUGGAGUUUCUGGGCGUGGUCAUGGUGAGAGAGGGCGUGUCCCUGCUUGCCCAGCCUAUGCCAGACAAGAUGUUGGCGAUGUCUGUGGAUGUGGAAAGUGUCAAAGCACAACUUCUAAUGCUCUGUCCUCACACGGAGAGGACUGUGGGUGGAGAGGAAGAAGCCUACUCUCCUCUCCUGGAGGUGGAGGGGAGCUCGAGAGUCUACCUGUACCUCCAGCCCCUGGGAGCCCCCUCCCGCCCCACGCUGGCCUCCGUCCAAAUCAACACCGCUCCUCUCUCCUGCGUCCUCCUCAGAGAAGGAGCAUUUAGGUAUGCAGUGCAGCACCUGAGAUCCUACCUACCCCCAAGGAGACCAGCCGGUGAGACUCUCAACUCACUUCAAGACCAAGUCACCAAACUUCCCAAGGUUGAGAUUGUUCUGGAAGACGUAAAUCUACUCCACCAGGUCAGAGAGACCAACAGAGUUAUAUCGUCCAAACUGACGCGAGUAUUUUUCAACAUUGGUGGUGUGAGCGUGGAGUCUGAUGCUAGUAGUAGUCACCAGGGACUCAGUGCAAUGGUAGGACUGCAAGAUUUAACAGCAACCGACUCACUUAGUAGAGAAUUUUUAAAGCUGAAGCAAUUUAGACUCAAUUCAAAGUAUGACUCAGGGCAGCUGUCCAACGUGGUCAAAAUGGAGUCCCUCCACUCGACGCUCCGUGAAGACGAGACGGUGUACUGGUGUAAAUACCUCAUCAGCAGUCUCCGGGCCCUUCGUACCAACACCAGCAACCAACAGCAGAGUGCUAGCCUAUCGUCAUCAAGAGGAGGUGUACUUGAUGUACUCAGAUCAAUGAUGUCAUCUGCUGUCGUGACGACGGUGGAGGCCAGUGAUUGGUCAAUCUCGCUGAGGAUGGACACGCCCACUCUCCAGUCUAAGGAGCCUCUGGUACAGGCAGUGCUGGCCUCCUGUGCAGUCAACCUCCAGUGGGUUGGGCCUGACUCCACCCACUCUCACCCCAUCCUCAGUGCAUCUCUGAGACUCGAGGACGCAUACCUACACGUCCCAGGCCACACCCCCUCUCCGGUGUCCGAGGACUCUGCCCUCUUCAGACAGCGGCCAGACGACCCGUCUGUCCUUCCCUCCCUCCGUCGGCACCAGUGGGGCCAUCUGCUGGCUCUGGGAAACCUCACCCUCAAGAUUGAGAAAACCAUCUCCAGCCACUCGCAGUCUGGCGUGGCUGAAGAAAGAGAAGGAGGGGGUAGAGGAUGAGAAAAUCGAAGAAAAAAGCAGCGAAGAAGUUGAGACUUUGUCGUCUGAUUCAGGAGCGAGAGUGGGAGGCGGGUGGAGAGAGGGUGGGGAGGGAGGUGCUAGCUCGAGGUGCGAGUCAGAUGUGUGGAGCUGGAGGAAGGUUGUGAGUGUGUUAGGAAGUGGAGAGCCUGGGGUGCUGACUGGGGAGGGAUCUAGUCUCAUGGUGGAGUGGUCCAGACCAACACAAGUGGCUCUACUGCGGACACUGUCUCACCUAAAACAGCACUACCGUCUGUUUGGUGGUGGGACGGCAGUGGCGGCAAGAUCGAACGAGACCGGACAAUGGACGGUACAGGAGGGGCAGACCGUACCGGUAUCAUCACCUCUGCAGUCAGCUCAGGAUGAUGAGGGGGAUGAUGGAGUGUCAGUAGGAGAAGGAGCUGGGCUGGAAUCAGUCUCUGGACCGGUGGAUGAGGGCAACACUAUAACUACCACCGGCAGUGUUUUGCACAGUCUGAGUAAAAUGACUCUGUCGUUUCACUUCACUGAUGCCAACGCUUUCAUUUAUGGCCUUACACCAAGGCCUCCAGCAGUGAUGAUGAGACUAGAUGCAGUCUCGCUGUCCACCUCCUCCCCUCCUCCUCCCCCCUCCUCCCCCUCCUCCCCCUCCCCCCUCCUCCCCUCCUCCCCCUCCCUCGGUCCAGCUGACCCUCCACGGACUGCUACUGGACUGUCUGUCGAGGGACUCCUCCCUCUCCUCCUCCUUCCUCUGCUCCCCUAUGGCCAGUCUCCCUGCAGGGGUGGGGCUGGGUGUGGUCACCGCUCUCAACCUCGGAUACCAACACUCACUCAAGGAGAUCUCAGUGAGGGUGGUUUGUUUGGAGACAAACUGGAACCCGACCAGCCACCGGUCCCUGUUCCACGUCACCACCGAGGUCUGGAAUGGGCUCAGAGACCUGGCUGUAGUGGUAGUCGGAUCUCGUCUACCAGCUAACGGGCAGGGGCCCGACAUCAAGGGAGAGCAUCGGGUGGUUAUGAUGGGAGAGAAAAUAAACAGUGUCAUCUCUUGUUUACCCCUGUCGUUGGCCAUCGAUUUGGAUACUGCAGUCUGUCGUGCCUGUGUUGGACAAUCUUUAAAUGUGUCAGUGGAGAUUCAGACCAGCCACUGUCUGGUGAAGGACAGGGCUCUGGCUGUAGAUGCCUACGACGUGGGACUGGUCUUUGACAAACACAGAAUUGCUACUCUCGAAAACUUGAAGGCCGUGUUUCCGAGUCGAGACGGCGCUGGUCAUGUGGAGAGGAGAAAGAUUCAACAGAUGACGCUGGAAUCAAACCCAGCCAUUGACCUCUCAGCAUCCAGAGCAAAGUUGAUUUUCCCCUAUGACUACAACUUUGGUUCAAUAUUUGAUCAGGUGAUGACAGUGAGGAAGUACCUUGGCCAGCUGCACAGUACUGCAGGGCCUACGUCAACCCUCUUCCUCCCUCCUGACGUACACCUCCAGUGUGGAGAGGCUUUCUUGCAGCUGUGUGAGGACCCCUUUGAGGCCAAACUGAGAGCAAACUACGAACUGAUGUGUGAUGAGUAUGAACAGAAGUUGGACCGACUGAAGGCGCUGGACAAGAAAGUAGAGGAACUGAAGAUGAAAAAGGGAGAAUUCGGCCUCUCAGCCAAGAAGAUCCAGAGUCUGUACGAUGCCCUGGUGGUGAAGGACUGUCAGAUCUACUGCCGGCGGGCACAGGAGCUCCACGGGUCCCCAGACGACUGCAGAGACGAGCUGUUUGUGUUUCGUCUGGAGCGGGUCCAGCUGUGGGCCAUGUUUGAUCCCAGCAUGCUGGCCAGAGAUAGACUGGUCGACCAGAUCCGGGACAUGGACGACAUAAGUCCGUUUCCCGAAGGAAAGUAUGAGUUCUCCACACUGUGGGGAAUGUACGUCUCUGGAGACACUGAGAAACUCCAGCUACAAUUGAGGGACUACCCCCAUCCACUCUUCCAAGGCACCAACUGGAGAGCAAGUGGGAGGAUUGUUUUUGCCGAGCAAGAAGCACAGGAGAGAGAGACGAGGAGUGCAGUGGUGGAGCUGAGUCAUCCCUGGAAGAGCGUGACCAUUCUGAAGAAACUCCCUCCACUCAAGUACUACUAUGACCUGGAGAUGGAUUCGUCUACACUGGUGUGGUGUCAUGGACCGUGUCUGGAGCCAGCUCUGGCCCAGACCGGCAUUGCUAUGGGUCUGCUGAGCAAGCGGACAGUGGAUCCCAGCCGACCACUUGCAUACUGGGAUAGGUUCCGUCUUCUGUUCCACGGUAGGAUACAUCUCUUCACAGAGGAGGCAACGAUCCUGUUGCCCGCCACCUUUGACCCUUACAACACUGUCAGCUAUAUUGAGAUCAUCCUGAGGAACCUUCACACCCACCUCAUCACCAACAAGCAGUUGGAGCUGGAAGGGUCCUUGCAGGCCUACGUCCACAAUGCCACCAAGUACGAUGACUGUGAGCUGGCCAAUUUCCCCCACGUCAAGACGAGCCUCACCUGCCACUGGGUGUGUGUCGGCAGAGACCCCCACAAUCACCACGCCGUCCGUCGCUGUGCCCCCGACAAGAUCCCCGUCCUCCCUGACAAACAAGAGCAUGACUCGUACAGUGUGUUUAGCUCACAAAAAGUGGACGUGGAUUGGACCCUGCAAGCACUGCCCCAGAAAGACAAGGACCCAAACCCUCCCUCUCUACUCCUGUUCUUCAGCACCCUCCGCUGGCUCCAGCAGUACCAGGUUCUCCUGUCACUGAAUGUGACUCGACCGAUUCGCAAGGGAAGCAAGUGGAAAGUUGCCAGAAAGAGAAACAGACCAACUCUUCUUAGGCACUGGAGAAACCUGAAAAUCGACGUGUCGUUUCCAAAAAGUGUGCUCACUCUCUGGACCUCGGUUGCCCGGCAACGGGGUGUGGAAUGCAUAAUUGAGUCGGGGAAUGCGAGCAUCUCGUACCUCAUCCAGCUGACUCCGUACACAGACGGUCUCAUUCGCAGACCGAACCGGACCUGGACCAUCGUCAGUUUCAGUGGAAACGUGAAGGACUUAAUCGUGUUUGUUGAAAAGAAAGACAAAGUUUCAAAGUCGGUGGAGGAAGAGAAGGUGGAGGAGGAGGAGGGAGCUGGUGAUCUCCUCAUAUCCAAUCCUCAUGCCCAGGAGGUGGAUACGGAGGAGGAGGGAGGGAGAGAGAGAGAAGAGUCCACCAGGUCCAUUCUUGGCUAUACUGCCGAGUUGAGUUACAAACGCCAAGAGGACAGUGAUGAGACUGAGUCUGAAGAAGAGGGCUUCACUCACCAGUUGAGUAUGCUCGACACUCGUGUGCUGGUGACUGCCUCCAACAAGCAGGUGGUGCUGGGGCUAUAUGGCUCAUACAAACAGGCACAGACAUUGAAGAGGGACUUGUCAGCAGAAGCACUAAAGAGUCUGGUGACUGUAGUGGAGCCUCCGCUAGAUCCAAAGACCACCGCUGCAGGGGAGGAGAGUGGGAGCAGCCCAGAGACCUCAGCCAGCAGUGGUGGAGGCAGCAGGCCAAGCAGUAGCAGGAGACUCCACAGACACAGCAGCUCGGGCAACGUCAUGCUGGACCAGCUACUGAAAGACCUAGGGAACAGACUCACCUUUGCUGAAGAUACGUCCACCGUGAAAGCUCCACUGAAGGGAGUCAAACUGGCCAGUGGAGAGGACAUCACUCACAAGAACUGGCUCAUCACACUGACCAACAUACAGGUGGCUCUGAAAGGAAUAGAGACCAGUGGCUACGUGGUGGCCAGCUCAAACAAGGCCCAGAUCUUUGGUCAGGAGCACCAGCCGGUACUCAAAGAGGGAGAUCUGGUGGCCAAGAAAUCAUGGCUCACAUGUGUCAGCAAACUCCAGUAUUUCUCCACAUUUGGUUCCAUGUUUGAGGGAGGUUGUGUCCCCUGGCUCCCUCCCUCCGUCAUCUCCGCACCCUCUCCCAAGAUAAACAGGGCUCCAGACAGCAGUAUGUCCGUCCCCUGUGACUUGGAGUACAGUGUGAAUGCCCUGCUGAGCCAGCUGGGGCCAGCCAGGGCUGACGAGCCGGAGGAAGAAGGAGGAGGGGGAGGAGGGGAGAGGGAGGUAAAGGGGUCUGGUGUCCACUCCAGCAGUCGAGAGGCGAUGGUCGGUGGACUAGUCAACUGCCUGUUGAUCCCGGCUGACCGAGACCCGGGAGGUACGAACUGAGGGGCGGGGCCAUCCAGGGAGCUUCAAUCCAGAGGAUAGCCUCCCGCUGCCAGUGCAAUGUCAUCUAUGUGUCGUACGGAGGCCAGGCUGAGCCCAAAGACUGUGAUCAUACUCUCCUCACUCCUGAAGUGACGUCUCCAGGUCUGUCAGGGAACAGGAGUGAAGCAGUGGACACCAUCACAGUCACCUACCCCACAGUCAAGAUCUGCACCACCUCGGAGCAACAGGCACUCAUCAUGGAUAUCAUAACGAAUCUGGUCCUGCAUAAAGAACCCAGAAAAAAGGAGGUGCUGGACCACAGAGCCCACAUGCAGUUUGUGUUGCAGUUGAGUGACAUCCCAGACCCUCGAAAACCCGUACUAGUACAGCAGAAUAAAGUCCGGCGAUGUCUUCAGACCAUCCGUUCGCUGGAGAGAGAGGUUUAUUUGACACAGAGACCAAUGGAAGCGGGGUCAGUUAGCAGAGCUGUGUGUAGCUCAGAUAUGUAUGUGCAACCAGACAAUAUAUGUUGGGUUUACUUAUCCCUAUGUGCUCCUCUCCCCCUCCCUUCCACAGUGAAAAGGAGGAGGAGGAGAGGCUGGAGGAGGAGUUGGAGGGAAGACUGGAGGCUGCCAAGGAGGACCUCUCCGUGGCCACCAUGAACCUCAGAUCCAUGAUCAGGGCCUUCAAGGAAAGCAGACUUCUGUCUCAGCCCGGGCAGUUUGCUGGAGUGCCAGAGCCAGUGCAGCGUAUAGAGAUAUGGUUGGACGAUGCUCACUGGUGGCUCACACAGAAGGAUGGGCAGCUCGAGAUAGCCGACAUCAGUAUUAACAACUUCAGCUACAACAGAGUGUCGUUCAGUGAUGACUCGGGAGAACACAGGUUGGAGCUGGGAUCAUUCUUGGUUCAUAACCUCACACCCAACACACCUGCUAUUUACCAGCAAGUGCUGGUACCCUAUGACCCCAAGUCGAGGCGGUUGCGUGUGGACAGAAACAUCUGCCUCAGAGUCUACUGCAGGGACAAGGCGAGAGUGGCUGGCAUUACAGUGAGAGAACAUCUCGAAGUAAACGUAGUCCCACUUCAGGUAUCUCUGACGGCCAAGUUCUUCCAGACCAUGCAGGACUUCUUCUUCCCCAAGACUGAGGGAGACGGGCCGGACCCUCUGGAACCUGACCACUCCCACCUCUUUGGAGUCCACCCCACCCAGUCGUUUGGUGGAGACACGACAGACGGUAAUUCUAUGCAGCGAGGCUCCUCGUAUCGCAGGUCCACCAUCUCUACCUCUGCCAGUCACGCCUCCCUCCAGCAGGCUGGCUACUCCCCUCCUGCCUCACCCACACCCAGGGAACCGCAGGGUCGCCGAGGUAAACACUUGAGUCUCUCUCACCUGGACACUGUGGAGAAAAUGAAGGAGAGAGCAUCUCACAUCAACACCUUUAUCUACGUCAAGAUUCCCCAGACCACUCUCUGUAUCACGUACAAGGGUGACUGGAGCUACAAAGACCUACAGAACCAGGUCAUGAACAUGCCCACACUGGAGUAUCAUAACAGAAACUUGACGUGGAGAGACAUGCUGAUGGAGGUCAAGAGAGACUACAAGAAUGCCAUCAUCCACCAGACUCUAAAGAGUGCCAUAGGAAUGAAGGAAUCUGAGGAAUCUUCAGGUCUUGCUUCACCAAAACUAAGACGAGACAGUGACUUGCUGUUCCAAUCAAACAAGAAUUCAAAGGCCGGAAAGGGAAAGAAGCUGUUUGGCAAACUGAGCAGCAUGAAGGAAGACAGUGACAGUGACAAAGAAAUGAGUCCUGGGGGAUCAGCAAGUCCUGUUCCAUUCCCUCCCCUGAGAGACCAGGAGACGAACCUCAAGAAAACCCUCCAGAGACUCACCAAACUCUCACAGGAGGUCAAGAAAUAACCACCAACAACAACAACAACCAUCUCAUAUUGUGUAUGACCGACUGAUAGUGUCUCAGAAUUAUGUGUGCAUGUGUGCAGUAUAAUGAUCUAUGUACAGUGGAA